AUGGCCAUGUCGCUUCUCAACCGUGCGUGGAGGCCGCUUUUCGGCCGCGCGUGGAAGCCGCUCGCCUUUCCAAACAAGGGUUUUGCCCUGCUCCCCGGAGACAAAAAGGUCGAAGAGGAGAUCCUUCCGGACUACGUCGCAUCCCGGUACUAUCCCGUCCGGAUCGGCCAAAUCUUCCGGCACCGCUAUCAGGUCGUGGGGAAGCUGGGCUUCGGAGCGACUUCGACCGUGUGGCUGGCACGGGAUCUGACCGCAUGUCGGCACGUCGCUCUCAAGCUCUUCAUCCAUUCCGAGUCCAUGGGAAGCGAGCUGGACACCGAACUUGACGUUUACAAGCGCAUCGAGAGCGUCUCUGAGAACCACCCGGGCCGUGAUGCCGUCCGCUCCAUUCUCGACUCGUUCGACGUCGACGGGCCCGAGGGGCGGCAUCGAUGCCUCGCGCACCCGCCGCUCUGGGAGAGCGUGCUCGGGCUGAGGCAUCGCAACCCCGUGCGGAGGCUGCCGGCGCCGGUCGUAGCGUUUGUGCUGCAGCGCCUCUUCCAGGCGCUGGACCUUCUGCAUAACGAGUGCCGUGUCGCGCAUACUGACAUCAAGGAAGCCAACGUGCUGCUCGGAGCGGAUGAAUCCGUGCUCAGAGACUUCGAACGGCAGGAGCUCGCGGACUCUUGUCCGAGGAAGGAGUCCGACGGGGGAACCGUCUACCUCUCCCGCGAGCUCGGCACGCCCAGAGACUUCGGUGCGCCGGUGCUGUGUGACUUUGGCUCGGCCGUGCCGCUGGACGACGGCGCCGAGCACCGGGAAGACAUCCAGCCUGAUGUCUAUCGAGCGCCAGAAGUCAUUCUGGAUAUCCCGUGGACGUACAGCGUCGACAUAUGGAACGUGGGGUGCGUGGUCUGGGAUGCCUUCGAGGGCGAGCACUUGUUCACCGGCCACGAUCCAGAAUUCGAGACGUAUCGGGGCCGAGCCCAUCUCGCCGAAAUGAUAGCCCUUCUCGGGCCUCCACCGCCGAGCCUUCUUGCCCGGGCGAACCUCAGGAGCAAGUUUUUUUCCGAGGCUGGUGACUUUUGUGCGGGGAUACCCACUCUAGAAUCGACACCACUCGAGCAAAGGGAGACAUCUCUCGAGGGAGAAGACAGAAAAGAAGAUAGAGAGUGUUUCCUACGCUUUAUGCGGAAGAUGCUGCAGUGGGAGCCGGAAAAGCGCAGCUCUGCCAGGGAGCUGGCAGAAGACGAGUGGAUACUCAAGCACACCACCUGA